AUGGACAAAACUCCACCCAGGAAGCAAUUCACAAGUGCAAAGUGGGUGUACAGAUAUCUCAAGGGUACCAGAAAUUGGGGAGGCGAUGACUCUCGCUCACCUGAUGCACUCUUUGGAUCUGUGGACGCAGAUUGGUUUGGUAAGUCACAAUACGCCCGGGCCAUCUCGCGAGGGUCAAGUCGAUCUGACGAGGUUAGUAACAUGGAUGGUCUUCCAUUUUUCCAUUUCUCCAUCCAUGACAUCUGGUAUAACGUCGAGAAGGAACCACACCUGGCUUUCCUAGAAGUGCGUCUUACGGACGAGAGCGUUUUCUACUGCCUGUGCACAAUGACACCCCAGCACGUACUUAUGAAGGCCAGGAAUCUACCGGUCAAGUUAUGA